AUGGCAUUUGGCGAGGAAGUUUUACCAUAUUUGUCCAUCACUGCUCUAAGUUCAACUGUUGGACUUUUCCUUUGCGGCUUCCAGAUAUGCUCGCGAAUUCAGCAGCGCGGAACGACUGAUGGCACAAGUCCAGCGCCAUUUCUAUUACCAUUCAUCUCAUGCGCAUUUUUCGUACAAUACGGGGUUUUGAAAAACGAUAAUGUGAUAAUUACAACAAACUGCGUCGGAUUUGCGCUAUAUUCACUGUAUUUAUCGUAUUUCUAUUUAAAAACUCGAAAUCGGCGUUUCCUCAACAAAAUAAUAUUUGUUGAAUUGAUGUUGAUCGUUGGAAUGGUGUAUUAUACGACAAGUCUCGAAUUACCGCACGAAACAGCACUGACCCAUCUAGGGAAUGUGUGCAUUGUGCUGAAUAUUGCAAGUAUUGGGGCACCGCUUCUAGAAAUUGGAAAGAUAAUCCGAACGAAAAGCAGCGAAUCAUUGCCAUUGCCCUUGUGCAUCGCCUGUUUUCUUGUCAGCAUUCAAUGGCUUUUCUAUGGAAUCAUUGUCGAGGAUUCCGUUAUAAUAUUCCCAAAUUGCGUGGCGACGUUUAUAUCGGUGAUCCAACUCUCAUUGUUUGUGAUUUACCCGGCCGCACCGACAUAUUCGAAAUUUCACGAUUAUUCUCAUGAAAUUUAA